ACGCUCCGAGGCCGGGGGAACAGUAUUCUAGACGGACCACCACACAGAGAGACAUGAAGCUGCUACAUAUUCUCUGCUUCUACCUGGCUGUCCUCGCCUCCACUUGGGCUGAGGACAUAGCGACCAUAUUGAACCCUCGUGGAGCCAGGCCAGUAGAACAUGGCUACAAGGCUGAUAAAUGUGCCACAGAGAAGAACUGGCCUUUCUGCUCAGAUGAUGACUGGGGUCCUAAGUGCCCGUCAGGCUGUCGUAUCCAGGGUCUGUUAGACAAGGCAGACCAUUCCCUGCUGAAGAAGAUAGUGAAGAUUAGGCAGCUCCUAGACCAGAGCAGAGCCAAACACCGCUCUGCCGACCAGGCUUCCAAACAGACCUAUGACUACCUCAAGGAGAAACUCACCUCCAAUGCAGGUAAUGACAACAGCUUCUAUGACCUGGCAGAGCGUCUCCGUCAGAGGAUCGUUGACAUCAAGAUUAAGAUAGACCGCCAGCUGAGGAUCCUCAACGCUCUGAAGACCAGCAUCAAAGAACAGGUUAUAGACAUGCAGAGACUGGAGGUGGACAUUGACAUCAAGCUGCGCUCCUGUAAGGGAUCUUGUAAGGGCUAUGCUGAGUUCUCCAUUGAGAAAGAAUCUUACAUGGCCCUGGACAAGCAGAUGGACCAGCUGGAAGCCCACAGCGUUCAGUCUGUCGAGACCAUCGGCUCGCUGCACGUCAUGAAGAGCCGCCCGCUUAAAGACGUCGUGGUCGACAGCAAGUACAAGUCCGGCCUGGCUGAGGAGCAGAAGCAGGAUUUCUUCCCGGAGGUCCGGACCGUGAAGCUGACCUUGGAGAACCAGGGGCCCAGCGCGUCGUCUGCCGCCACUGCCAGCAAGGUCCCGGGUACGCACUUCAAGCCUUCGACUUCAGGGUCUUCAUCGUCAUCGGGUUUGUCGACGGGAUCGGGGUCGGGGACGAAGGACGGGCAGAGGAAAACGAUCACGGAGCUGGGUGGUGGUGGGGAGACGAGGGGGGAUGGAGUCGGGGACUUCUUUAAGGGGAUGGGUGGAUUCGGUGGUGGGGUGGGAAAUCUUGGAGGCGGAGAUUUCGCCACUACUGGUCACCAGACCACUCAGACGUCGAGCUGUACCAAGACAAUGAGGAAAACGAUAGUAUAUACGAUGGAUGGGCCAGUGGAGCGCAUCGAGGAAGUAUCGGGCGGACCCGGCUGUGAGGCGCUGAAGCUCGGUGGCGGAGGAGGAGGGACAGGCGGCUUCUUCCCAUCCCUCACCUCCACCUCUUCCUCAUCCUCCUCUUCCUCCUCGUUCACCAAAACCACGAGCCGUGGCGGCACCAAGGGAGGCAGUAGCAUCCUGACCAGCACCAAGACCGGCGGCACUGGCGGCAGUUUCGGAGGUGAUCCAUUCGGAAUGGAUCUCGGAGCGUUCCUGCGUGGGAACGAGGAAGACGACGUCCCGGAUUUCCACGCCCGCAGUGUGAAGACUAGCGUCCGGAGUGAGCGGCAGGCGGAUUAUGUGGGAAAAGAUUGCUCUGACAUCCAACGGAACCAUCUCACAGGGGAAAAGAGCGGCCUGUACAAAAUUAACCUCUCUCCCCCAUCUCCGAACGGGGCAGUGGAGGUUUACUGCGACCAGGAAGGGCUCCUAGGAGGUUGGACCCUGGUCCAACAGAGAACGCAUGGGGAGGUUAGCUUCAACCGGUCCUGGGCAGACUACCAGAAGGGGUUCGGAAGGGUGGACGGCCAGGGUAAAGGGGAGGUAUGGCUGGGGUUAAAACACCUCCAUCUUCUGACCCGGGAGGAGAGCAUGUUGAGGGUGGAACUAGAAGACUGGGAGGGAGGGGUGGCGACCGCCGAGUACACAGUGAAAGUGGGGUCCGAGGCUGACGCGUAUCAGUUGACUGUGGCGGAGUAUACGGGUGACGCGGGGGACGCCUUAGUCAAGGGGGAGUCCAGUUUGGGGAGUCAAGGGUCACCCGGUGUGGGGUUGGGGUCGUUCCUCUCCCACCAGGGGAUGAAGUUUAGUACCUUCGAUAAGGAUAAUGACCGAUGGGAGGAGAGCUGUGCGGAGAUGUACGGUGGUGGCUGGUGGUAUAAUAACUGUCAGAGUGCAAACUUAAACGGAGUGUACUACAAAGGGGGGAAGUAUGAUCCUGGUAGAAACGUUCCAUAUGAGAUAGAAAAUGGAGUAGUGUGGUUGACAUACAAACCAGCUGACUAUAGUCUGAAGACCACCCGAAUGAAGAUACGACCACUCGCUAUGGUCUGAGAGAGGGAGGGAAGGAGAGGAUGAGAGGAGGGAGAGGGGAAGUAGUGGGGGUAGA